AUGCAAGAUCAUCGAUGUCAAAAUUGGGUUUCGGUGAUCCAGUCUAUUAAUUCUCGCGGCCAGGCUAUCCCAUCAUUUAUCAUCGUUGCGGGGCAGUAUCACCUUGCGAACUGGUAUGAAGAUAGUACCCUACCAAAGGGUUGGGUUAUCUCCACAACCCCCAACGGCUGGACUACAUAUGAGAAGGCUAUAGAAUGGCUUCAGCACUUUGAAAAGCAUACCAAGCCGCGAACUCAUGGUGCAUAUCGUCUUCUAAUCAUGGAUGGGCAUGAGAGUCACCAUUCAACGGAAUUGACCCAUUCAUCACAUAUUCUCCAGCCACUAGAUGUUGGCUGUUUUGGGCCGCUAAAGAAGGCAUAUGGCAAAGAAGUUGAAGGAUUAAUGCGGGCGCAAAUAACACACAUUACGAAGGCUGACUUUCUACCCGCGUUUUACGCCGCAUUUAAAGCUUCAAUAACGGAAAAGAACAUCCAGGGAGCUUUUAGAGGUGCCGGCCUUAUCCCAUUUGACCCAAAUAGUGUCUUAUCUCGACUAGAUGUAAGGCUACGAACGCCAUCGCCAGUUGAGGCCGCACCUGAGCUACCAAAUCUGUGGGCUCCAAAGACCCCAAACAACCCAACCGAGGCGACUUCACAAACUGAUUAUAUAAAAAGAAGAAUAAGCCGACAUCAGGGAAGCUCACCGACAUCAAUUUUAGAUGCUAUGGAUCAAUUUGCGAAAGGCACAUGCGGAAUAAUGCAUAAGAUGGCUCUCUUAAAGGCUGAGAACCAGCAACUUCGAGAGGCAAAUGCACUAUUAAGCAAACGGCGCAGGGCCAAAAAAAAGCGCCUACGUGAAGGCGGUAGCAUAACUAUUGCCGAGGGACAAGCUCUUCAGGACCAGAAUGAUGUGGAAGAGCAGAUAAAGCAAGAAGAUCGCCAGAUAAGAGGUCGGAAGCCUAUGAGACAAAGGGACGGCGAUGUAGUGUAUGCGGCAAGACCGGUCAUAAUGCGCGAACUUGUCAGAUCGAUGUGGAAACAUCUAAUGAAGAGGAUAGCAGUGAAGAUUAAUUGA